CAAACCGCCGCCAUUUGUUGGACUGGCUGUUCAGAGCUCUUCAUGGUUUAGCUCAUGCCUUUUGGCAUCACCAUGGAUGGCGAGGCCAAUGACCUCGUAUCACUGCCAGAUGCAGAUACUCUGAAAAAGAUUCCAGUCAAAGAGAAUAAAGAAUUAGCACAAGAACCUGAAGAUUUGCAUGUUAAAUCGUUUUGCCAGAAAAAUGGAAGAUCUAUAUGGAGGCCUAAAGUAGAUAUGCUGCAUUUCCUUGUUGUAGGACAGACAAAGGAACAGAAUACUACUCUUGAUUCAGAUUUGCAGCAUUUGGAACUGCAGAACAACUGCAGCUCCUCCAGAGUAGAGGAUGAAAAUGAGCUCGAGGAUGAAGAUAGAACUGAUUACCAUGAUUAUUUGGACAGUGACCUGAGUGACUAUGACGUUUCCCCUCCCCCAGAGGCCGCGCAAAUACCUGGAAUGAGUGUUGAGCCAUUUUCAGAGAAAGAAGACUGGGAAGAAGAACUCAGUGAAGCUUGUCCCUAUGAUGAAGAUGACCUAGCGAUAAUUGUUAGACAUGGUUGUUGUGAAGUGCAGCUUGUUUGGCAGGAUGACGAGACUUACAACCCAAGCCAUGAUCAUGUUCCCUCAUUAAGAGCCAAAGUGGUUGAAAUUCCCACUGUGCAGGGACAGUUUGAUGAUGCUGAUGAAUAAGGUUUGGACAUCUCAUCCUGUUGGAAGAAAAUAGCCAGAUUAAUUGCGCUUUGCAUUUUGGAGUCCUAUUUUCUUACUAACUUCUCAAAAUGGAAAUGUUCUCUAAGGAGGCUGCCAUUUUGUGCUGCUGUUCAUCACUAUUUCAUUCAGCUUUUCGGGGCCUCGCCAAUAAAAUUCAGAAUUUUUCUUGCCACAAUUUCUUUUGAAAUUGGCUACAGAAGAUCUUUCGGCAGUAAAAGCCAUAAUAGAGAAAAAAGUGACAUGAUGUUUUGCUUAAUACGAAUGUACAAUUAGUGACUGAGAAUGUGAUGGGCUUUUUUUUCGUGGUUGUUUUUAAAGACAUUCUAUUUGAUGUCUAUUUUAUUUUAAAAUAAUGUAUUUUGAAUCCCUACAUGCAUCUCUACAAGCAGGAAUUUUAGCAAUCAGCGCUAUCUUUCAUGCCACAGAAACAAGUUAAUCUGUUAUUAAAACUGAUAAGGGAGUGGAGAUAUUGCAUAACUACUGUUGCUAUAAUAUAAUGGAACAAUAUUUGUUUUUGAGAUCAUCUCCACUAUUGUGUGCAAAGAAAUGUUAGCUUGGCACUUAUUUGUGUAUCAUGGGCUGCAUGUUGCUCUUUUGACACGUUAGAAAAAUGUUUCACAUUUGAUACCUUAAUCAUUAUUUUUAUGUCUUGUGAUAACUUAUACAUUUGAGCUUCUGUAUAAAUUUAGAUAAGUAUUUUUGAAGCUGCCUGCAAAUAAUUAGUAUUGAAUUGGUUGCUUGAGGGUUCUGUGAUAAUCCAGUAAUUGGGUGAGCCAGACUAUUCAGUAAAGUAAUAGGUUUGCUCGCUCUUUGGGGAUAACUGAUCUGGGCCAGAAUAGUUGGAGUUCUACAAUAUCCUCUGCAACUGGGGCUGUGGAGCUGAAAAUUGGCCAGGGUUGCUCCUCCUGACCAGUAACUCAUGUUGGAAGUGAUUGUUGUCUGAAUUAGGCUUGAUUGUAAUGCUCCUUUUGAAGUCAAAUAUACCACUAUCACUGCUCACCCUUCGGCCAAUCUUCAGAAGAAUGACUACCUGGGCAAUAAACUGAAAGGUGCCCAUGGACCUUCCCUUGGCAAGGAAUAAAGGUCUCCAGGAGGAGAAUGUUGAUGACAGGAUAAAGGAAGAGAAGAACCGAAGCUGGUCAAUUCGUCGUGUCAGUUGGUUUAAUCCAAUUCGAUAAGUGAGCCUCGGGAUUUGCCUACCUUACUAUAGAUCUUUUGUGAUGGAUGACAACUUGGGGAGGGGGUGGACUUAUUUUAAUCUCUAUAACAUCAGAUGUGGAGGGAUGAAAGUUUACCUCUCCAUUGGAACUUGGAUGGACCUUCUUUCCCUUUAUUUUGUCCGGUAUAACAAUCUCCAUUGUCUCAAAUUGAAUGUAAAUGCUAUGCUACUAGACUGAGCUACAUCACUCUGCUCCUCAUCAAUAUUUCUUGCUGUCUUACUGUGACUAAAUAUGCCUAGUACAAAAAAAAAUAUUUUUGAGAGUUUGAGAAUUUUGAAAAUUUGAUUUUGUUUCUGAACUGUUUUUCACUACUGACCAACUUCCAUGUUCUAAAUUAAGAAAUUAAGGGAAUUUGUGACUGUAACAGUACUUUUGUUCCCUUUAGCCUUGAAUACUUCCUCCCUUCUUACAAAGAAUCUGCACAUCCCUUUACUUUUUCUCCAUUCUCCUUCCAUCCAUCACACCAAACCCAUCCACUUCAUAAUCCCAGUUUGCUCUCUAGAUUCCCUCUCCCCUGCCCCCAAGCUCCUGAUUAUCCCUGUCUAGCUGCCAUGUUUGCCAAUCAAUGUCCUUCCCUUUCUUCGAAAUGGAUAUCAGCACUCUAACUCAAAUAAUUCUGCUUCACAUAAUACCGCCCUCAAUUUCCAGCCAGUGAUUUUUUUUCCCCACUGUAAUGUUGUUCCCUUCCUAGUUUCUCUAUUACUAUUUAUGAGUACUAAUCUCUGCAAUAAGGUGGAUAAAGACAUUUGAAAAAGAACGUUCCCCCAACCCAGCUAAGUUUCAGUUCUAGAGUCACUUGCAUACAAGGCUUCUGGCUACUGGGGAGCAAUACUGAACCAAGGAUGGGAAUUUGCAGCAGCAGGGCUGAGUUCUGCUCCCCACAAACAAGUAGGAAGAUUCUGGGAGAUACUUAUCUUUAGAGUCUGCAUAGGGUCAUGUUCUGAUAGUCCUUCGCUGCUGGCACCUUUCGUCCAUUCCCUUCACAGAGUUCUGAACACUGGGUGUCAGCUCUUGUGUGUAACGUCCUACUGCUUGAAUGCCUAGAAAUAUGGCAGAGGACGUAUUUACCUCAAAUCUACAGACAGUUGUGGGCCAAGACAAGGGCCUGGAAGAUCGGGACGUGACCAGGUGUGUCCCUUAGCAAGGUUUAAGUCUCCUCCCCUCCUGAUCUGCUGAAAAACCCUGGCUAUAUAUUCUUGCAAAUUGUGCAGAUAGAAUCGUCAUAGUACAGAAGGAAGCCUCUUGGCUCAUCACGCCUGUGCUGGCUCUUUGAUAAAGAUUUGUCCAAUUAGAGUCCUGCAAAUUUUUCCUUUCAAGCAUCAGUGCAUAAAAUAAACAAUCAAAGCAGUGGAUAUGCGGGUGGAGGGGAGAGAGGGGAGAAAAGGCCAGGUUUGAGGUUUAAGUGUGAAAAAUAACUUUUUCCUCUUGUAAAAUGUUUUUUGUUUAUGAAAUUUUAUUUCAACACUCCUUCAAUUACUGUGGCAAUUAUCCCCAAUAAACUUAAAUCCCCUA